GGUKUAUGAUUGUAUUGUACGAUAUAUACCGGUACGCUAAGAAAAUUUUGUUGAUUUUUAGCUUUUUUGGUCGCCAAAUUCGGUCGACAACACCAACAAACGGAAAAGGUUCAGCAACAAAGUGAACCUCUGGAUAUCCUUCGAAUGAAUUAGCCAUAGCAACGAAGUCAAUUUUGUAUUGCUAAUGCAUAAUGUGUUGUAGACCAUAACACAAAGAGGUUCACGGUACAGUACAUCAACGACAACUGAUUAUCCUUCGAGGUAUAAAUCGCAUUCCAUAGGAAUCGUUAGCUCCAGGAACCACAGUCUCCUCCGAGUUUACUUCAUGGAAAAAGGCAUCACUGGAGAUAUGAUUUAYCUAGAAUAUGACAAGAAAGUAGAGAACACGACGGUUGGAAUGCCCGAGUUGAAAUAUACGGAUGAUGACUCAAACUCCGAUGAGUCUUCUGAAGAUGAAAGGGAACCACUAAGCGACGACGUCUAUGCAUUCUUGUUCGUCGCCCCGGUAUUUAGCAAGCCUUUUGUUUUUGCUGCUUACACCAUCAUGGUUAAGUACGUYGUUUUCGGAAUUUUGGCCUCUGGGAUCCGGCUCUCUGAUGCGGGAAAUAUUGAUGUCGAUAACGUCAUGCUGCAGGCUGUCAAGUUCUUUUUGAUUCCGGUUGCUAUUGCAAUGCAAGAAGAUCUCAUCAAUGUUUACGCAGGCGUAGCGAAUUUGAUGUAUGAUGAAGAAGUAUUGAAUGUCAGCGAAAAUGCCACGGAAAAGAAACUCAUUUUUAGCUACGUYGCGCGUUUCUUCGAUGGCAUCCUUUCACUUGGAGUAAACUUCGCUGUUAUGCUUGUUACCAACGAAAUUCUGGGGGUUUUCCUUAACUUCGCAGCGUUGCAUUUUUUGCAAAGCAUUGAUGAUGUGUUCUUUGCUCUUGUUGUAAAGGGUUUCUUUGGCGACGAGAUGGAACACAUGAGCCACAUUUGUGAAAGUAUUUCAUUCCCGCUACGAAAGUCAGAUUCAGGAUGCGUGAAAGUGUUGGAUUCCCUCCUAUUCUUUGUUACACUUUCAGUUUGUGUUGCUGUUUACGCUGCCGUUUUCGUUUACUUGAAUUCAUUUGAUYAAUGAAGAUAUAUGUGAUGGACAUUAUACAAAAAGCASGUGCAUGUUGCACAGAUUUUCAUCUCUGAUGAUUGCCGACUGGUUUGGGCAAGGCAGGUUCAAUCAAAACGUGACCAGAAGUGUUAUUUUAGUUCAAAAUUUCUGUUAAAGGUACAACAAGAAGUACCUGUGAUCCUUUWAWUAAUGAUUUUUUAUAUCCUCYRAAAUGCUCUGUGGUAAACAUGUAACGUUGAGGCAGCCGAAGAGCAGCAAUCUGUAUUCCAAACCUCUGGCCGGUCACGUGUCCACCACGUCUCCGUCCCAGAGGGAGGUACCGCCCCUUGCAGUAACUAGGAGCAUUCUUCUCCUUGGAGGUAGCAGUUCUGGCCCACACAGUUCCUCUUCUAGUUWAUGAGGUAAAUAUAAUUUUAAGACAUAA